AUGAAACAAGUAGAACCAAAACAAACUUUAAGUAUUAUCAUUCCAAUUGCUUUAUACCAGCGUUUACAGCAAGAAGUAGGUAAAGGUAAAAUUAGUAAAUUUGUUAAAGAAACCAUAGAGGAAAAAUUAGAGCAAGAAAAAGAAAAUUUAGGCAGAGCCUAUCAGGAAUGCUAUGUUAAUAACCCUCAUUUAUUAGAGUUAGCGAAAAAUUUCGGAGGAGAUGAUAGAAAAAGUGGAAAAAUCUUUACAUAUCACUUUGGCUUUAAAAAAUUAAAAACUAUGUUAAAAUUAUUCGGUUUUCAAGAAAAAGCCGUUUUAGAAAUAGUAGAAAAAUACGAAAAAUAUCUCAAUAAUCGUAUAUCGAUAACCAUCAAAAGAAUAGAGAGUGAAGAAGAAAUACCAGUUCCUUUUAUCCAAAUUUUAGAUGCUCUAACUGGCUCGGGAAAAACGGUAAUUUUAGCCAAAACAGUGGGUGAAAUUAGCAAAUUAACUUCCUUAAAACCAAUAAUUUUGUGGUUAAGCAAAGCCAGUGUAGUAGUCGAACAAAGUUUUGAUAACUUAACCAGCGGAGGCAAAUAUCACCAUUUAUUAGGCAAAAGCGAAAUUAUUAUGUUGUCAGAAUAUCAAGAAAGAUUAUUAGAGGAAAAUGAAACUCUGGUUCUUUUUGCUACUGUGGGAACUUUUAAUCAAAAAGACAAGGAGGCUGGCAAUCGCCAAAUUUAUCAAUUGGUAGAAGCCGGUUUAGUGAAAAAAGUAUUAAAACUGGCUGCUUAUGAAACUCCGAUGGAAGAAACUGUUUCUUCCCUGAUCGGGGAUUUGAGCCAAAUUGAAGAACAAAUUAAACAAUCCAAUCUACCCCAGCAAAAACCUAAGGCCAUUUAUGUUUUGGAAAAAUGUGGUGUCAAAUCCGAAAAUAUUGCCGCUUACUGUGAUUUGAAGUUUGCUAAAAAUUAUCCUAAACCCCCAGAAUUUAAAUUAUUCAGUGGUGGUGGCGAGAAAAAAUAUCAAGAAUUUACUGCCGGUGAUUAUCAGCAUAUUAUUUUUAAUUUAGGCUUACAAGAAGUUUUACGACAGCCUAAACCUAAUAUUACCCACCAGUUGCCGGAAAUGCUAAAUACCGCUCAUUUUUAUAUUCAGAUAGAAAAACAAAGUGCUUUUCAAGAAGUAAUUGAGGAAGUUAAUCAAGAAUUACAACAAACUGCUCCGGAAAUUGAAGUAAAAGUGGUAAGUUCGACUGAAAAGCCUGAAUUAGUUAAAGUUCAAGGCGACUAUGAAGUGCCAAUCAUCAUUUGUAAUAGAACUGGCUAUCGCUCAAUUACUAAAAAAUAUAUUGACGAGCAAGGUAAUACUCAGCAAGUUUUAAGAGAAAAAAUUGGGGAAACUAGUCGCACCACUGCCCGAGCCAUUUUUUACCGGGAAAUUACUCUUCAUAAAGAAAUUAUUGAAAAAAUUAACAAAAUAGUUGACAUUUAUUUAGAAAAUUCUUAUCUCGAACAAAGUUCGGUGGAAAAUUAUAAAAUUCCUGAUAUUUUGCUUUACAACCCUCAAAAGUCAUUACCAUUCAAAAAUAGUCUUCAUGAAAGGUAUUCUCAACUAAAUAAACUAGAAAAGGAAUUCGUCCAAGAAUUAGAUAAAUUUUCCGAUAAUGUUGUUGCUAUUGAUACUAGUGGCGAGCAUUUAAUCCAAGAUAAAACUGACCGCAAAUUAUUAAAUAUUUUGUCCUCUGACAAUAGGCAAGACCAAUUUCGUGGUUGGUUCAAUUCCUCGCUAAUUACUUCGGUUAUUCUUGCUGGUAAAGCACCAUAUCAGCAAAUUCUCUCUCAUGGAUUUGUAGUCGAUGAAAAAGGACAUAAAAUGUCCAAAUCAUUAGGUAAUGUCAUUGAUCCUGAGGAUAUUAUAAAACAAUUUGCGAACAUGCCUCCGGAACUGAAAAACGAAAAAGAUUUAGAGCAAGAAUUAAGUCCAGCAGACUAUUACAUUCUUCAUAAGUUAGAAAAAAUAGCGACAGAAAGCCAAAAAAACUAUAAUGAAUAUAAUUUUAACCCUAUUUACUCCUCUUUAUUGAAUUUCUGUAUUAAUGAUUUAAGUUCUUUCUAUUUUGAAAUUAGCAAGGAUAGUUUAUAUUGUGAUAGUCUUUAUUCUCUUCGUCGCCGGCAAAUUAUUACUACUCUUUAUUACUUAUUAAAAGGACUGUUAAAAAUUAUUUCACCUGUUUUACCUUACUUAUCCGAAGAAGUUUAUCACAAUAUCCCUUUCUGUUUUGGUUUUGCGGGUCAAGAGAGUGUUUAUUUAGCAAACUAUUCUCGAAACUUGCUUCUUGCACCCGCUAACGAAAAGAAAAUAGAAUUAAUUACUGAUUUUUUGCUUCCCCUUCGUCAAGAUGUUUAUCAGGCCUUAGAAAAAGCCCGUCAAGAAAAAGUUAUUAAUGCUAACUCGCAAGCCCAUUUAAUAAUUUAUCUAAAAAAAGAAAGUGAAUGA